AAUCUGGACCAUGAUGUUCUGAAUUAGAAGAAUUCCCGGAUUAGCUGGUAAAAGUACUACUAGUCCUACAAAUUUAAUCGUGUUCUGUUCAAGAGACUUUAGCAAUAGAAUCCACAACAACUUUUCUUUCCCUAAGCAUGGUGAACUUUUCUCCCAGGAAAACCUUGGCGAGCACGAUGAUGACUACAUCACAGAUGAUGAGGAACUCGGUGUUUUGAGAAAAUACAGAGCCCCAAGAAGUAUCAAAACUGAUGAUAUUAUGUAUGAUGAUUUCAAGAAAAUCAGAACAAACCUCCAGGAGAAAAUACAAGAUACCUUCAGUGUUGAUACCAUGAGCGACUCCCAAGCAAUGGAGCACACCAAGAACUUAAUUGCAAGGAUGAGGAACGGAAGGAACCUUCAGAAAUCUCUCGGAGAAAAUUUUAAAAGAACCAGACUUCAGAACGAGUAUAUUAACCAUAAGAAGUACGAAGAAAAUUACAUUGAAAGAGAAGACGUGAUCAACCCAAAUAUGCCUGCUAAAGAAAGACUCCACUUCAAAAAUUACAGAGAUGCUAUGAAAAGACUUAACAUUAAGAACAGCAAGGAAGAGGAAGAAACUGAAAGAGAUAUAGCUAAGAAAGCAGCACAAGAGACUAGAAGAAACAUAACUAAUGAAGGCUUUGUCGCUCAAUGGGAGAGAAAGCAAAAGAACUUAAAUGUAGAUUAUGCACAUGAUGCAGAAAUGAAUAUGCAAAUCACAAAUGAAAUGGACCCAUAUUAUAGUAAAAUUGUCCAGCCUAGAAUGUCUCCUUGGGCAAAGCAAAGAGUUUACCUAGAUUAUCAAAAGGGAAUGAACUUGAGAGAUAUCUCUCUGAAGUAUGCUAUCACACAUAAGAGAGCAGCUGCCAUUAUUUAUCAGAAGGAACUCUUCUUUAAAAUUAUGUAUCCGAAGCUAGGAGAGACCUAUGCAAGAUUCGCUAUGGAUAUCGAGAGACAAUAUGGUGAAGAAUUUGGAUUCACAGACUACGGAGUUGAUCUUGAGGAACUUUCAUUACAUGAACAAGGAGCCCCUGCCAUUGUUACUGGAAGAACUGCUGUUGAUAAAUAUCCUCCAAAGAAAAUUCAGAAGAAAAUUGAGGAAAAGCUUGGAUCAAUGAAGAACAAGAAAAUUUUUGAAGUACCAAUCCGCCACCAAGGAAAUGGACCAAAAGGAUAUUUACUACAAGAACUAGUCUGUAGAGGAGGUAAAAACGCAGUAAAGCCAACACCAAGAAUGGUAAGAGGACUUUGGAAGGCAAAUAAGGUUAUUGAUAUGGGAUAUUAAUGUG